AUGGGUCAAUCCAAAAACUCUUGGUACGCUGUUUGCAGGGGUAGGACACCUGGCCUAUACCGAACGUGGAAGGAGUGCAAAGCACAGGUCGACAGAUACUCAGCCUCCGAUUUCAGACGGUUUUCCUCGCGUCAAGAAGCUGUGAACUGGAUCCGAGCCGAUGCAGACGAGCCCGUGCUCGAUGUUGCACCAAGACCAGCGGCGACCGCGCCACCGCAAGUGUCCGUGUCAACAACACCAUUUGCAGCCAGAAGAAGCGUCAAUGGACUCUUGCUGCACCAGUCAACCCCGGCUAAAAGAACCAUUAAUGGGCUCUCGUCCGCGCUAACCUCAUCUGCAUCAACCAUCCCCAUCUCGGGUGUCGAUUCCAGCUCCGGCACUUCCACAAUAUAUGCAGUAGCAAGAGGUCGACAGUCAGGCGUAUACCACACAUGGGACGAGUGUCGCGCGCAGGUAGACGGCUUCUUCGACGCUAGGUACAAGAAGUUCGAGACCCUCGCUGAUGCUACAGAGUACUUGGCUGUCUAUGGCGGUGGCGGGCACUUCUCGCAGUUUCAGUCGGAUGCCUUCGAACCCGACGGUACGGCGUCCUUCGGCGAAGAGUGGGCCCACCUGUCGCAGUCACAGGGCUGGACUCGUGGAACUCAGCACUAUAACGAGCAGCGGGCUUCCGCCCUCCGAAAUGAACUCCAGACACACUUCUUCGCUUCUUCGUCUCGCAUUCUGCCCAUCAUCAAGAGGGAGGAGACGGAGGAAGAGGGUAUCCAGGUGGAGUGCCUCGCCGAGCCCGAACAUCAACGCCGCCAUGAUGCAGUGGUAGAACUCCACGGCUUCCAAUCCAUGUGCGAAGCUGUCGGAAAGCGCCCAGGAGAUACCGUAGAAGAAUGCAAAAGCAUCCUCAAGCAGACGCUCGUCAACAUAGUCGACCUAAUCGAUGCCCGCCGGACGGAUACCACGAAAGUAGUGUUAACAUGGACCAACUUUGAAGCAUUUAAGGCGUACACACUUCACUCACCAGGCGAGGAUAAGACCAUACCCGCGAAAGUGGCUGAGAAGGAUCCCCUUUUGAAAUGCUUCUUGCAGAACUUCCGCAGACCUCGAGGUCGUCACGUCGGUAGUGGGGUUAGUGGUGGUACUGUGGUCAAGAAGAGGGCUAGAUCCCAAGAAGACGAUGACUGCAAGGGUUGUGGGCGUCAGAAGAAGAGGAUCAUGCGGAUCUAG